AUGAAAUAAAUUUUAAUAGUUUUUGCUUUAGCUACUUUAGUAGCAUAGACUUAGGCUGGUAUUUGUUCUAUAUAUUAAGAAAGGAUACCAUUCGAAGAAUUAACAGACACAUUUAAACAAAUUCUCUUAUGUGUUACAGAUAAACUUGCCUUACUUGAUUAUCUUCCAUCAUAAAAUUUUGAUGUAGAAGAAAUCUAAAAGUAGUAUUACGAUGCAAAGUUUUAGUGCUUUGGAAAAGUUAAGAAUCCAACCUAGGAAUUAAAAGAUCUUUUCUAAUGCUUCAAGAAUUACUACGAAGCAAAAUUUGAUACUUCAAUCAAUAUAGUUUCUCUUGAGAAUUAAAAAAAAGGCACAGACAGAUCUAACUGGGGUGAUGAAGAGCUUAAAUAGAAAAUUGAUGAUGAAAUCAAGUAAAGAUCUGAACCCACAAAUGUUGCUUUGGUCAUUUUCUGUGUAGUAGUUUUUAUUGCUAUCCUCUCUCUUUUAAUUGCCAUUGCUGUUUCUAAAUACAGAAUAUACGUCACAAAUUAAUAAAAUGCUUUAGGCGUAACAAAUACAGAAUUUGGUUCCUCUGCAUCAUACAGAUAGUAAUAAGAUGCUAAUUGA